ACGCCAGAGUAACCUGACAUCGCCAUCUGAUCCAGGUAGAGACAGAGACAGAAGCGAGUAACCAUGAGUCUGACAGAGAAGGACAAGGCUGCGGUCAAGGCGCUCUGGGCCAAGAUCUCCAAGUCAGCUGAUGCCAUUGGGGCCAAUGCUCUGGGCAGGAUGCUCACCGUUUACCCCCAAACUAAGAUCUACUUCGCCCACUGGCCGGAGAUCGGCCCAGCCUCCGCCCCCGUGGCCAAACACGGCAAGAAGAUCAUGUCCGGCGUGGCUCUGGCCGUGUCCAAGAUCGAUGACCUGACCGCCGGCCUGCUGGAGCUCAGCGAGCUGCACGCCUUCAAGCUCAGGGUGGACCCGGCCAACUUCAAGCUCCUGUCCCACUGCAUCCUGGUGGUGGUCGCCACCAUGUUCCCCAAUGACUUCCCCCCGGAGUCCCACGUCGCCUUGGAUAAGUUCUUGGCCGCCUUGGCUCUGGCUCUGUCUGAGAGAUACCGUUGAUCCAGACCCACCCAUGUCACCCACACAUGGUGAAAUGAAUUAAAGAAUAAAGUCAACAUACCAGCCCAAAA